GCAGGGGGCGGUCAGAUGACCGGCCCCCACGUCACCUCUCCGGAACGUCUGCAGACCUCCACGUUGUGUUUACAUGGAGUGAGGUCCAAAAAGCCUACCCCUGCAGGUGGGCCUUAUCGCCCGCGCUCCUCUGCCGCCCGCCGGGCGUAUAUAAGGGGAGCCGCAGGCCGGCUCCCGGCAGGAGGGACACGGGAGGCAACCAGGAGCUGGCACAGCGGCACGCUGGCCUGGCAGACCAUGCCUCUGAAGGCUGCGCUUCUCCUCGCCCUCCUGGCAACCUUCCUGGUGUCGCCAGCCGAGCUGGCAAGGAGCGGCUUCUGGGAGUACCUCAGCCAGCUGACGAGCGACAAGGACAGCCCGGAGCAGGCGCAGAGCAGCAAGCUGGGCAGGGAUAUUGCAAACCUGAAGGAAAGCACUCAGGAUGGGGUUGGCUACAUGGAAAACUUCCUGGAGAAGCUGGCGCCCCUCAACAGGGGCCUCCAGCCCCGGCUCUACCACGACUCGGACAGCCUGCGGAAACUCAUCAGGAAAGAGCUGGAGAGCCUGAGGGUGAAACUGUCCCCGUACGUGGACGAAGCCCACCACAAGGUCGGCAAGCACCUGGAAGAUCUUCGCUACCGGCUGCAGCCGUUCACGGAGGAGCUGCUGGACCAGGUGUCCCUGAAAGCCCGGGAGCUCCGGCGGCGCCUCAUGCCCAGCCGGGAGGUGACGGCUCAGCUCCUCGAGGGCGCGGACGAGGUCCAGAAGUUCGUGGCUCAUUACGCCGACAAGAUCGCGUUCCACACCGACCAGGUGAAGGACAUUUUCCGCCCCUACGCGGACAGGCUGGUGACCGAGAUCCACCGCAACGUGGAGGAGCUGCACAGGAACGUUGUCCCUCAUACCCAGGCCAGCCCGGAGAAGCUCAACCAGUACAUCCAGGAGCUCUCCGCGAAGCUGACCCAGAAUGCGAGGGACCUCCACCAGAAGAUCCAGGGGAAUCUGGAGCAGCUCAAGGCGAAGCUGAGCCUCUACCCUGGCAGCCUCCGGCAGCCACCGACCCCCACAGACCGCUACACAGAGGACCUGGCCCGGGAGGUGCAGCGGCAGGUGGAGGAGUUCCGGAGGGAGACAUACCUCCAGAUCCAGGACUUCACCCGGGCCCUCGACCAGGAGACGGAGGAGAUGAGACUGAAGCUCUCCUCCUCCCGGCCUCCCUACCCGGGGGACCUGCAGGACAGCCCCCAGCCCAUGGAGGACCUCCAUGCCCGUCUCGACGCCCUCUGGAGAGACCUGGCCCACAGCCUGGGCGAGCGGGGCGGCGAGGCCCGCUGACGGCCCGGGGGAACCGUGGCACUGGGGUGGGUGGGGGGGGCAGAGGGCUGGUGCGGUGGGG